UCCUGUGCUAGUGGACAUGGAGAAAAUCACCUCUGUGCAGCACUCCGCCUGUCCCCGAGCGGGAGUUGCGCUUCGCCUGACCGCCCUUACAUCUCAGACGUGACGAUCGAAGACGGCCAACCACUUGGCAUCCGGCAGCGGAGGCCAACGCCGACGCCGACGGUACCUGAAUGCCCAUGCCACGCGGAUACCACACACCCGUUCAGGUGCCCUUCGCUCUCGGCGAAUGAUAGGCUCCACUCACCACACCUGCCCCUGUCCUAGCACGCUUAAAUUUUUUCCCCGGGCGAGCUUCGGCCCAUUGAAGCCGGCGGCCGAAUCAAAACAGCUGGGGGGAUUCUUCGUCGGGAUACCAUCCUGGGCUUGGCACUUGGACUCAAGGUGUUUAUGCCGAGUCUCGGAUCUGGUAUAUGAUAGUCGUCUCAAAGAACCACGUGGGAGAGCAAAGGCGUUUAGCUUCCUCGAGCCCUCGAGGGAUCUCACCCAGACGGAAGUCAGAGAGAGGCUAACCUUCGUGCGAUUGGCCCCUCGCAGUCGGCACUUUGCUCAUGUUGCGAAGAGGGGCGGGCCAUUUCAGAACGCUUUCCCUAUACAUCAUCCUGACGCGAUAGAGGGAGGGAGGUCUUUACCGAGCAGCGUACGAAACAGUCUCAGCCAAGGCAUCGUCCUUUAUUCAGUCUACUUCGUCUUGUCUAUAUCUUUUGGCAUUGCAGCACAUCGUCUCGUCUCACAUGAUGCCAAAGACGAGCAUACAACACGUUCAAUCGACAAAGAUCUGCCGCGAUGGAGUAGAUAUUCCGUCAGUACUCUGACCAAGGUCAAUGACAAGUGCUUGACAUAUCCUACUGUUACCCUCGCGCUAUCUCUGGCUGGUGCCAGUGGAACGACGGUGUCGUCGGUGGUGUAAGGACCCGCUGGUAGUCACUAGCUUCUGAAAGUCGAAGGGCAUAGAUGUAGUGGUCAGAGUCAGGCGCAGACAAGUCGCGUCAUGAAUCGCUCUUCACUGAUCCGGCCUAAGAAUCGUAGACGUGCUUGCUCCGGUCUUGGUAUGCGGUCAUUCCUUUGCCUGCUCCCACUACUCCAACUGUCGAUGAGAAGAACAGAUGCCGUAUCAGCAAGACAGUCUACCACAGCCGU